GUGCCAUCUUUUGCGGAUGUCUUUUGCGGGUUGAAAAGUCGUGAGGGAAAAUGUACACAAAUAACGUGAUAAUACGUGAUGGUGAAUAUACAAAAGUGAUUUACACGCUAAUCAAAGAGGAUAGAUUCCACGAAGCUAUUAAUGCUCUCAACAACAUCGAAGAAGUAUCGAGCUCACGGGCUGGACUCUCCCUUCUGGGACAUUGCUAUUUUCAGUGUCAGGACUUCAUUGAGGCCUCUAAUUGCUAUGAACAUCUUACUGCUAUUGCCCCGGAAGUGCCCGAAUACCGUUUGUACUUUGCCCAAAGCCUCUAUCAGGCUGGUCUCUUUGACGAAGCCCUCAAAGUAACACAACUUGUGGACGCUCCUCAUUUGGCCGAAAAGGUUCGUCAGCUACAAAGUGCCAUCCGGUAUGGCAAUGAGGACUAUGCCGGUGCCCAGACAUUGCUUCUGCAGAGACCAACGGGCACUGAAGCUACACUGAACGACGAAGGCUGCCUCCUCUACCAGGCUGCUCUCUAUGAAGACGCCCUUCAGCGCUACACCAAUGCUCUACAGACGGGAGGCUUUAACCCCUUGGUAGCCUACAACGCUGCUCUGUGCCACUUUAGGCGCAAAGAAAAUUCACAAGCUCUCAAUUACAUUGGGGAAAUUGUUGAACGCGGAAUUCGCAAUCAUCCUGAACUUGGAAUAGGGGCUCAAGCGGAAACCGAAGGUGGUGCACGAAGUGUCGGUAAUCCGCCAGCUCUUGCAGCCUCGGGCUUAGCUCAGGCAUUGAAUCUCAAAGCAGCAAUUGAGUAUCAGGAGGGAAAUCUCGAAGGUGCUCGAGAAGCCCUUUUGGAUCUCCCACCGAGAGCUGAGCCUGAACUUGAUCCCGUAACCCUUCACAAUAUGGCCCUAACUGAUCCAGCUGGAGCUGGAGCAGGUCUCAGACGCUUGGCAUUUCUUAUGGAACUUGGACCACCCACUUGUCCACCUGAGACUUUUGCCAACAUCCUCCUCCUCUGCUGCAAGCACGAAAUGUACGACACAGCAGCAGAUUUACUGGCUGAACAUGCUCAUCUCACCUACAAAUACCUAUCAUCCUAUCUCUACGAUCUUCUGGAUGCUCUAAUUACAGCACAAACAUCCUCAGAUGAUGCUGAGCAAAAAUUGGGCACAUUGGCAUCAAAUCUAGCGGGAAAAUUGCGCUCAUUGGCUGCAAAAGUUCAAGAUGCUCGUGGAGCAGGGGAUCAAAAUAUUCUCAGAAAUUCUCUAAAGGAAUAUGAAUCAGCUCUUGAUAAUUACAUUCCCGUAGCCAUGGCUAGAGCCUGGCUUCCAUGGCGUUUGGAUGAUUUUGCCGGAGCUGAGAGGGAAUUCCGAGCCAGUGCUGAAUUUUGUUCAGAAACACCCAUUUGGCGUCUUCAUGCAGCCCAUGUUCUCUUCAUGCGAGGUGACAAAUACAAAGAAGCUGCAGCCUUUUACGAACCGAUCGUCCGUCAGAAUUACGACGAUAUUCUGAGCGUAUCAGCCGCAGUCUUGGCCAAUUUGUGCGUAGCCUACAUCAUGACGUCACAGAAUGAAGAAGCCGAAGAAUUGAUGCGAAAGGUGGAGAGAGCUGAAGAAAGAAAAGCUCCAGCAGCUCUUGCAGCCGGAAAUACGGCGCCUUUUCUUCAUCUGUGCAUUGUGAACUUAGUCAUUGGGACGCUGUACUGUGCAAAGGGAAAUUAUGAAUUUGGCCUAUCCCGGAUUGCCCAUGCCCUCGAAGGGGGUUCAGGAACACGUCUCUGUGCCGACACUUGGCUCCAUGUAAAACGCUGUGUCCUGGGAUUGCUCACGUGUCUUGCCAAACAGACUCUAGUUCUGCCAUCGGCAGCUGUCCAAGAAGUUCUGAAUUUCCUGAGAACCUGUGAAAUCUAUGGCAUUUCAAUUCCCUCAAUUCUCACCAAUCCCUUCGACGAGAAUGCCGAUCAACCGCCAACAAUUGGCAUUGAAGCGAGAAAAUUGCGAGUUUUGCUGCUCAAACUCAUGGAGUACCACUGAAAAAUCCCAUUCACUGAUGUCCCCUCAAAAGAACUAUUAUUAAAAACACUUCAUGUCACGUA